CUACCCCAAAGGAGGGAACAACACAUUCUUAACUUCAUGUACAAAGUAAUCAGAAACCAGGUACCCUCCUAUGUAUCUUCAAUAUUUGAAGAAUUCAAAAAUUCAGCUACCAGAAGAACAAGCAAUACAGAAGUAUACCAAAUUCCUAUAAGGUCAACUGCCCAAUUUAUUAAAUCCCCUAUUCCUAAUGCAAUAUCACUGUGGAACAAAUUACCUAAACCUCUUUUAGAAUAUGCAUUUACAUUUAUAGACUCGGCUCAUUGUUCUUGCGGCAAACCUGAAACACUAAAACAUUUAUUUUUCAAGUGUCCUCUAUGCCAAAUUAAUAGGCAUGCCCUGAUGGAAGAGGUCAACAAUAACUUCUAUAAUAAGAUCAGCCAACUAACAAACAUGGAUGAUAAACUUAAUUUUCUCUUAUAUGGUGACGAGACAUUAUCCUUAGCAGAACUAAGUAAACUUCUUAUCAUCAUCAG